AUGGACCUCAGCGCAAACCCGACAACAUUCGUUGAUUUGACGGUACCGAGGGAACGAGUCGCGCACGCUCCCCAAACGCCUACGAACCCAGUAAGGCGCGAGGCUCACCCGUCAAGUCCACCGCCAGGAACUCCUAAGAAGCCGAGGGUUGUCAGGACGCCGGAGGAGCUGGCAAGACAACGCGCAUGGGAUGCGUGGGUUGCUGAGAACCAAUGGCAGGUGAACAAGCGAUACGAGCACAAGGAGAAGUCGCCUAGACUGAAGAAGACAAAAGCUCUGGAAAGUUACAUCAAGAAAUGUACGCCCAAACUGACCGAACGCGAUCUUUGCACUCUUCCGUACGAGACGGAGCGUGACGCGCGUGAUGUACGGUACAGAUCUGCACAUGUAUACACGAAGAAAGAUAUCAUGGAGCUUGUGCAUCUGAAGGCGAAUGCUCUGGGCAUUUCAGCUGACUGUCCACCGCACUCUUCACCUGAGCCGGAAGGUGCUUCGCCCACGCCUGGAUCAUCGAAAGCGCCCAAAUCGCCGAAGAAGCGAAUCAAGCUAGAUAAAGCAGAAACAGACUCGACCAAGACGAAAGCUUCCCGACCGAAGAAGGCGAAGGCGUCCAAAGAGCCUACGCCGAAGCAGAAGUGGGAUGAAGAGAUCAAGAGACGUGGGGAAUGGACGGUUGACAAGAAGUACAAGCAUCAAGGAUACCCACCGACGUUUAUCAAGAGCGAAGCUCUGAAGUAUGCGCGUCGAUUCGAUCAGCCGAAGCUGACCGCACGCGAACUCCUUACCCUGCCAUACGAAACAAUACCUAAUCCCAAGGACCCGCAUUACAGGGCGUCGCACGCGUACUCGACACGAGAUAUAGACCGUCUUCUGGCUGAGAAGGCCCAGCAGCUAGGCAUUGACAUCAAGGCGCCGUCUCCGCCGCCUCCGCCGCCUCCAUCCGACAAUUGGUGGGACCCUGUUCAAGACCCUCUCAUUAAUCGCGAAUAUACCCCCCCGGAUACAGCACAUCCGGAAGACCCGCCACCAGGAGAUAUUAUCUGGACUGGUGAACACAUCCAACAUAUCAACCUGUUGCUCGAAGACGCCUGCUUGCUCUAUUGCGUGAGCAAGGACGAUCUGCGUGAUCUCGCCGCGCAUUCUCGCUGGUUAGACCGCGAGACCGUGGCGAAGCGUGCGGUAUUUCUACACGGCGGCUUCAAACGCCACAACGAGAUCGUUGUCGCCCGCCGCAAAGAGUCCAUGGACAAAUACGAAGAUAAAGUCGCUGCGGCAGGGAACUACCACGACGGGCAACCCGCCGAGCACUAUAGUCCUUACCUCGAAGCAUUAUUCAAGAGAGCGUACGAGGAGGACCAGCAGUCGUCUGUAGAGUGCGAGUCGAUCUUGCAAGAAAGGGCUUAUCCCCCACCGUCCUACGAUCAUGGUGCAGAAGGGUAUCGUCUUAGAGUAAAGCAAUUCGCACCCAUGCUCGAGUACGAUGAAGGGGAUUACGGUUCUUGCAAGCGCAAAGACUUCCACCACUCGCAAUCGUACGCUACUCGCGCCUCUUCACCUCCCGCCACCAACCUUCUCUCUCUCUCAUAUCCGUACAUCAUCAUUAUGGGCAGGAAAGCCAAGGACAACGAGUUCAGCGUCGACUGGCCCGUCGGCUCGUCCGGUUAUCCGGGCUUCAACUACGGCAUCGAUUGGUACUCUGUCGAAGAGGCCACCGGCCCGCAGAGCCUCAUCUACUCGUACCAGAUCAAGAUCAAGACGGAGACAUGGGCGCCGCAUUGCUACUUCUACGACGAGACGGGCGACUGCUAUAGUCUUGACGUCGAGUUGCCCGGAGAGCAUGUCGUCCGGUACAACUCCUCUAGCCCCAAGAUCGUCAAGGUCCGCAUUGGCGAUGAGAAGCCUUGA